AUGGCCACCGAAAACGCCAACAGCUUUGCAAGCUCCCUCAUCCACAGCUACGGUACAUCCGAUUUAACCCGCACAGGCGUAUUCGCCGCCUUCGCCGCUUUAGCCUGGUACAAUGCCAUCGAACUUGUUAUCCUCUGCUUAUUCUCCUUCAAGCGUUGGCACGGCAUCUACUUUUGGAGCCUACUCAUCUCCUCCGUCUGCAUCGUCCCGUACUGCCUCGGGUUUGUCCUUCUCUUCUUCCCAAUUGGCGUCACUCCCUGGGUAUGCGUGACCUUCAUCGUCCUGGGCUGGUACGGCAUGAUCACCGGCCAGUCGGUCGUGCUGUGGUCGCGGCUACAUCUCGUACUGCAGAAUAGGAAGCUACUGCGCGGUGUUUUGUCGAUGAUCUGUAUCGACGCUGUGCUCUUGCAUAUCCCGACUACAGUUUUAUUGUACGGAACUGUUGCUCAUCCGGCAACUCGCUGGGCACGCGGGUACGAUAUCAUGGAGCGUGUCCAGCUGGUCUGUUUCUGUGUGCAGGAAUUGAUCAUAUCCAGCAUUUACGUCUGGGAAACGGUCAAAUUGCUUCGUCUCAGGCCUGAAGGUCGUCCACAGGGAAUUUUGAACCAGUUGCUGGUUAUCAAUAUCCUCAUUCUUUUGUUGGAUAUCUCGGUCGUCGUCAUCGAAUAUGUCGGCUACUAUGCUGUGCAGGUCUUGUUCAAGCCUGUCGCGUACAGUAUCAAGUUGAAGCUUGAAUAUGCUAUCCUUGGUAAAUUGGUCGCGGUUGCACGCGGUGCCUCGGAAAGCCAGGAAAUGGACUCCAGUACGCGGGAGAUCUAUGCAGUUAGCUCGUUUCCGUCGGAUAGAGAUCGGCCUCGGAAUCUGGAGUCGCCGAUGCGGGAUCGUCGCCAGUACAGUCCGCCGUGGUUUUGGGAAGGGAGGAGCUCCGGUCAUUCUUCAUCUACUUCAUCUGGUGUUCUCCGGAAUCCAUGA